AUGUCGAAACUGCCAGGAUUAAAAAGUAAAUCAAACAAUGACGUUAUGGCCAAGGAAUAUCAGAAACGGACCUUUCCUAAUAUGGCUGGAGCUAGAAGCCGUACCUUGGUGAAGCUGGCUUUUAGUUCUAGUAUUGGUGAACUCAGCGAAUAUCAAGCCAGCUCUGUUAGUCAGCCCAGCUCAAGUCAAGGGGACUCUUCAAAAUUAGUCGUUGAAGUGACAGGUGCUCAGGUACUAUCAACGGCAUCAAAACCCGUCGUAGAACAGCAGAAUAUAAGAGGCCGAGAACUGCUUGCACCUUCAUCCGAACCAACCGCUUCGAUUGGGGCGAUUACACCCUCCAUUGAGUGUCAUGAUGUAAUGGAGUGCAGAACACAGAUCCAUCCUGUAGAAAAGCUCGAUGAAGUCAUGCAGGAGCAAUCAGAUACAGAUUUUAGUUCCGGAUCAGAUGAAUUUUAUGCUCCUUUCGAAAGUGAAACUCACACAGAUGUAACAGCAGAUGAUGUCACUAACAUACACUCGGUCGCUGAUAUACCAACAAUACAACAGCCGCAAUCAAUGUCGGACACCGACCAAAAUAUUAUUAUAGAUCAGGAACAACAAAAACCAAGAAAGCAUAAAGGUCAAGUUAACCGAAAUGAGUGGAAGAGAUUAAAAAAUGCCAAGUUAAGAUUAGAGGGGAAGUCUUAUGUUGGAUUUGAAAAACAAGAAAAUGGAAAAUAUAAGCAAACUAAAAUUAAGGAAUCUAGAUGCCUAGGGUCAAGAUGUAAGGGGCAUCCUCAGCCGAAAAAAGGCAAAGAAGGUCCAAGACAAGAUUUCAAAUGCAAUACUAUAGAGUACGUGGGUGCAUACACUUCCGAUCAACAAGGUUUUAUCGACGGAAGAUGUGACACACUCCCUCGCCCAGCAGCGUGGAUACUAGCGAAUAUAGGAAGUUUUAAAAUAUCUGGUGCAGACAACGUGCCAAUACUUCCUUUAACUCAGGCUGGUGAUGACCCAACUCUGGAGAGUUUUUUAUCAGGAGGUUACCAGAAUAUUUGUCGCUACGUGCAAGCACACGGACCCGGUCAACCACCCGUCCCCGAACCAGACGUAGAAGCAGUCCGAACUGCAACCCAGUUCCUCCUUCUCAUGGUAUUUGGAGGUAACAACCGGUUUAACGCCAACACUACUGCCUUUUGA